ACUGUCAAACACUGUCAACAGAUACACAUAUUUUCGACCAAAAAAAAUGGAUUCGAAUGUCCUACUCCACAAAAUAUCUCCGAUUUUAUCCGUAAGCUCCUGCAUUAUUCUUUCGAUAAUUUAUGUAUCGAGUCUGUACGUAUGGAGCACCGAACACAACAGGGACCAUCCGACAACGAUUAAAAAACGCUUCCUCAGCGUUUUUAUUGUCAUGCUAAUUUCUCCUGCAUUCAUCUACUUAUUCACAUCGAACGAGAUAUUAGAAGGUCGGUCAAUAUGGGCGGUAAUGGGUUUUCGAACCGAAGGCUUGUGGAUGGCUCUGUUCACACCGCUCAUUCUAACUGCAAUCUUAUUCUUGGGACCAUUGAUGACACAGGCGCUAAAUGGAAUCUGGGACAUCUAUGCAGAUCCCAAUUACUGGGCAAUGUGUCUACAAAACCUGCUGUGGAUUCGAAACCAUGUAGUCGCCCCACUAUCCGAAGAAUUCACAUUUCGAGCUUGUAUGAUGCCAUUGCUACUGCAGUCGUUUAAGCCAUUGUCAGCUGUAGCCAUAACUCCGAUGUUUUUUGGCAUCGGUCAUUUACAUCACAUAAUCGAAAGGCUCAGAGCUGGAUUGCCUUUAAAGACGAUUCUGAUUGUGUCCGGCAUACAAUUCUGUUACACUUCAAUAUUCGGUAUGUAUGCUGCGUACCUAUUCGCCCGAACUGGCCACUUCAUGGCGCCAGUUGUUGCACACGCAUUUUGCAAUCAUAUGGGUUUUCCGGAUGUGAAUGAAGUUUUGAAUCAGCCAACACGGACAAAACACAUUCUGUUGGCAACGUAUGUCAUUGGAUUCGUUGCAUGGAUCUACUUACUGCCGGUCGUCACCGAUCCGACCUGGUAUGCCAACGAUUUGUAUUGGACGAAGGAAAGUAGUUGAGUUGCGGUCCAUGUGAUGAUGUGUGAUUACGGUCGAGAGGCGAAAGUGACACUUUUAACGAUUUUUAACAUUGUUGGACAAUUGACAUGUAAUUUAGCAAUUCAGACUCAUAACUUUCGCAUAUUUAUAGACAAAACAAUUUGUCGACGACAAAAUUUCAUCAAGUGCCAUCCACGUAAGAUAUUAAGUGACAGUUUUUCGUUUUGAUUUUGAUUGUUCAUUGAAAAAUUGUUGAUAGACUUGUCGUUGUUGUGUUGUGUUGACUUGUACUAAAUACUAUUUAGGUGUAUAGAUAGAGAAUUUUGAAAAUACAGGUCGAUAUUUUCUACUUCCGGUUGUUUGUGCGUAUGGAUCUUUAAUGAAAGGCGAUAUCCAUCAAUCCUGUCGGAUUUUUAAGGGGAAGGGGCUUAGACUCUAGUGUCAUAAAAGUGAAUUUGCUUUUGUCCUAGAAGUGACACGGGGAAUUGUAAUUUAAGAGGAUUUACGGAUGUCCCCCGAUAACAAUUGUAUCGACAGAAGAAAAUAAGAUCAUUCGACUUCUCCUUUGUCGGUUGAGCCAAAUAAAAAAUUGUUUUCUUUAAAUUAUGAAGUCUCUGUUAAUGUUUUCAACUGCGAUUCGAUCUAACAUUUGAGUUGCUAGCAACUC